AUGUUCAAGACCAAACCGCUAGGCUCUCUCAAGAGCAUCCUCCCGCCAAUCCACCAGCCCCUCCCUCUCAACCAGCGCGAAUCCCAGAAGCUCCUCAAUGUGCUCAAAGCCUCAUUUCGAGCCCAUCUAGACAGAGAGCACGGAUGGACUCCCGAUACCAACCAGGUCGCGCCGGCCACGCCGACCGUCACCUAUCUGCCCUCCGCCUCUCCCGCCUCCUCCAAAGAUGUACCAGCCCGUCCGACGGAUAAGCAUAUGCGCGCCAUUCUAGAGAAUCCCCUCUUCAACAACAAGGCCUUUGUGUCACGCUCUGUUGCCGCCCCUGCCCCAGCAGUUAGGAACAACCGCAACGAGAUCUUCCAGUUGGCCGUGUCCAAGGGCAUCAUGAACAUCCAGCGCGCGCUCGGCUUCCUCCUGGCCGUGCAGAACGACAUUCAACUCUCCGCCGCCGUCUCCGUCACCCAGAGCAUGAAGGAAUCCGGCGCCGGUCUGCUCGUCCUGCGCUGGCUCCGUUCAUCGGGCGAGGAGCGCUCGCUCAGCUUCCUCGGCAACCGCACCUUCACCCGUCUUCUGCUGCGCUACAUGGUAGCCGAAGGUGUGGAUGAGCUCGCCUGGUCCUGGUUCCAGCGGCUGUUGAACGAGCCCGCGCUCACCACGGGUAAUCCCGAGCGGGCCGCCUACCCCGCCAUCCUCCUGGACAGCCUCAUCAUGGCCAAGUCCCAGGCCAUCGAGCUGGACGAGGCAUACACGUCCAUGCUGCGCGGCAAGGAGGUUAUCGACAACACCUCGGCCUCCACCCAGCACCUCGUCCAGGCCUGGCGCAAACUUUGCUGGCAAACCACGGGGCAGUCGUACAAGCACCAGAUCCCGCCGGCUUCCUUGUUCGAGUCCUUCGUCGCCGUCCACGACAAGCUGCCCAAGCCCUUGCCCAUGUCAGUGGCGCAUCUGACGCUGUAUCAUCCUACGAACCCAUCGUCAAAACUGGCGCUGGAGUAUCUCAAGAAUGACCAUGUGUGGAAUGUCAAGCUGUCGAACUGCAAGUCGGAUAAUCCCGAGUCAAGAUUCAUUACCAGCCUGGCGUCGUUGACGCUGGAUACGAUACAGAAUUUGAUGCAGACCGGAAGGUUUACGGAGGCGCAAAAGUUGAUGGAGCGGUUCAAGACGCAUUUGGCGCCGAUAGGACCGCAUCUUGGGGCUAUUGCUUUUUGA